AUGUCCAAUGAGCAGUCGCUGGAUUUUUUGCAGAAUUUGACUACGUCCGAGGAGUCUUCGCAGAAGACGCAAAACGAGACCGCUCAGCCCCAGCAGAAGUCAUUCCAACAAAGACCAGUUUAUCAGCAGAACACUCAUCAACUGUCAAGAAAUCAAAUCAAGAAUCAACAAGCCAGACAAGCUCUCAAUCAAGCUCGACGAUUAGCACCCGCUCUUGAUCAACAGAUUAUUCCACCGCUUCAAAGUGGCAUUCAGUCUCAGCCCGUUUCCGUUUUUACCCUCCUCGCGUCCCACUUUUCGCUUAUCGGAGAACGACUAAAAGACAUUUCAACAAAUAUUGAAACUCAUCUUCAAAACGGCGACGUACCAAACAUCGAUCGAAGUCUUGACACUCUUUUGGAUACUAUUCUUUACGUUUCCAACGUCCUUAUUCUCUUAUUCAAGUCUAUUCCGGAGCUGGAGCAUCCGGAAAGUCCGGAGAACGUCCAUAAAGAGCUCAUCAACCUCGCAGUCUUUCACUUGAGUGCCGCGCAAAUUCAAAAAGUUCCCAAAGUCCCAGUCAAACUACAGGAACAAAUCGUCACUAGGCCGCAACAGCAUCAUCAACAAACGACCUUACAUCAACAACAGCUUCAGCAACAUCAACCGAAGCAGCAUCAACAACAACAACCAACGCAACAGCAUCAGUCACAGUAUCAAUUCAAAAACUAA